AUGGUCUACUUUAAUUUCCCACUCUCACUGGCUAUUGUCAUUGCUGCAUGGGGUUGGAGUGUGUAUACUUUUGACAAGCACUUGGUUCCUUAUGAGCAUUCUCGCAUCUUAGAUUUAGGAGAACGGACCCCAGGACCUGUCAUUAUGAUGUCUGCAUUAUAUAUGUCCCUCGCUGUGGGGAGUUCAUUGACCAUCUAUUGGGCACUUUUUGCCAUUGGUUUACAUUCAUUAGCAACGGCUGUGCCGCUCUUCCUAUAUAUUGGUGGUUUAUUUUACUGCCUUUAUUCCUUUUGGCCUUCUCGUGAUUUUUUGUGGACUAGAGUAAAGCGUAUUAUCAGGAGGCCGACGCUUGCAGAUAUGUUCUUUGCAGAUAUCUUGACCUCGUUCUCUAAGGAUCUAGCAGACUUAUCAACAGCCGUUUGUUCUAUGCUUUUUGCCUGGGGUUUGUACUCCACCGAUUUGGGUGCCCAUGAAUCUAUAUGUGGCCCUCAUUCAUGGGUAGCAGCAGCACUCUCCGCAUCUCCCUCCGUGUUCCGACUUGUUCAGUGCACAUGGUUGCACUUUUCUCCUCCUACACAAGAAUUGGAAUCUCGUGUCUUAGAAGUGGCACCUCCUCCUACUUGGUUGAGCGGUUGGGCAGCUUAG